AUGGGCUCGUCACACAAAGACAGGGACCUUGCCAAUCACUACGAAGGCACUGGACAUGAUCAGGGUAUAAAGCGCUCAUCGGACCUUGAAUCUCUGACAUCGGUCUGCCAGUCUACACCGAAACAGCCUACAUUUCUCCAUUUUGCCACCAUGGGUCUCGUAAAGCUCCUUCUCAAAGCGAUCAUCAUCCCGAUUGUUCUCCUCAUCGUCGUCACCGUCGUUAUUGUCAUUUACAUUAAGAUGCGCCGCGAAAAGAAGCAGAAACAACAAGAGAUUGCAGCCGGGUUCCAGCCACCUCCUAUACAGCAAUGGGUUCCUUACACUCCGGUCCAACAGCCUGCCCCGGUUUAUGUCAAAACUCCGGGGAUGACGGAACACGGUAUUGUACAGCCUUGA